AAAAAAAAAAAGAAGAAGAAAAAAAAUCAGAGAUUAGGGUUUUAUAAAGGGUUUUAGAGUUUACGCAAAGUCACAAUCUUUGGGUUGCCCGCCGCUCUCUCUUCUUCACUGCUCUGUGUCUUCCCGAGACUCUAUAGAGGGUUACUUUCAACAAUGUCGUCCAUGUCAGAGUCUCGUGCUUUCCUGUUCUGCAACAGCUGUGGGUAUAUGCUAUCUUUGACGACAACUCCUUAUGCUAAACCUGGCCGAUGCCCCUAUUGCGACCAUCCGCGACCUAUAGAAGGGCUCUCCAAAUGUAAAUAUUCAUACACAGUCAGUAAAGAGGAUAUUCAAAGGGAGCUAGGCAAAUCAACAAUUAAGGAGGAAAAGACUGAAUUGGCAAAGACGGACAUGAAAAAAUGUGAAAAGUGUGGCCACAAUGAGCAUACGUAUUUUUCUAGACAGAUGAGAUCAGCUGAUGAGGGGGCAACUACUUUCUACACUUGCACCAAGUGCAAUAAUAGUUUCAGUGAAAAUUAAUGUGUAGAUUAUUUAACUUGUUUUUGCUCAACUGGGCCUGCAUUUGGCUAAAUCUAAAUCUCUCGACUCUAUAUCUAUGGAAGCUGAUUGCCUUUCUCUCAUAUCAGCUUUGAAAUCCCCUAAAGGAGUGGUUUCCUGGUCUUCAGCUUCUUGGUUAAGACAGAUCAGGUGUAUGGCCUCUUCUCUUUCUAGUAUCAACUGGUCUUGGAUCAGUAGGGAAGCAAAUAAAGUAGCUGAUCACGUUGCUCAUCUUGCUUCAAGGUCGGAGUGUCCUCUGAAUUGGAUUCAGAAUCCACCUCCAACCCUUCUCCACAUCUUGCUGUCUGAUGCUGUUUCAGCUCCCCCAUGAGAGCUUGUUUCAUGGGUUUUUUUCUUUUCUUUUUUUUCCUGUUUUGUUUCUGUUUUCUUUGUUUCUUUUACCUUAAUUGUCAAAAAAAGAAAAGAAAAAAGUGUUGUUCUAAAA